AUGUACUUACAAUGUAACGAGCUCUAGAGAGAGAUCCACGGCCCCGCUCCUGCCGAUGGUUAUCAACACCUAGAACUUUUCAGAAGCCAACGAGGAGGCGUGGCGUCUGCUCAAUCUGGAGAAAGGCGGAGUUGGACAGACGAGGAGCGCAGUUGUGGGCGGAAUUUCCAUGUGUGAAAAGCUGCAGUGCGGCAUGUCCGUUGGCUACGGCGCCAAUCCCGACGAGCGCGGAGAUACUACGCUUGAUGCCUUGCUUAUGGAUGGAGGCACCAUGGAGGUGGGUGCAGUGGCGGAUCUGCGCCGGAUCAAAAGUGCCAUCAAGGUGGCGCAGCAUGUCUUGGAGCACACGCUACACACUCUUCUAGUUGGUGACGGGGCCGACGAUUCCGGCAUUGCCAUGGGAUUCCAGAACGAAUCACUGAAUUCCGACGAAAACAUAGCAAUUUUGCAAAAUUGGACGGCGCACAACUGUCAGCCAAACUUUUGGCGAAAUGUCUACCCCGAUCCGAGGACCUCCUGCGGUCCAUACAAGCCCUUAACCACAUGGGAUGCGAAUGCCACGCAAUCGGAGCGGAUCGAGAUCGGUCCCGAUAACCACGACACCAUCACCAUGGCCGCCAUCGAUGAGGAGGGCUUCAUCCACGUGGGCACCUCCACCAACGGACUACGCCACACGAUGCCUGGACGUGUUGGGGACGCUUCGAUACCCGGCUCCGCUGCCUAUGCGGAUAACGAAGUGGGCGCCGCUGUGACCACUGGCGAUGGAGACAUCCUCAUGCGCUUCCUGCCCUCUCUUCUUGCGGUGGAGGCCAUGCGGGCGGGCAAAACGCCGGCGGAGGCAGUUGAGUUGGUCAUUCAGCGAAUCCGAAAGCACCAAACAUUUUUUGAUGUCGCCAUAAUCGCUGUAAACCGGCUGGGAACGUACGCAGUCAAGUGCCAAGGUAGUGUCAUGGCUAGGUAUAAUGGCGAAUUCGGCGACAUGGUCAGUAGUCCGGGACAACCGGUGCGCACGGAGUCGGUUCCAUGCACAACGGACCAUGAGAAAACACCGUCCGAAGCCGACAGGCAAGUUAUCUGGUAAUGUUUCCUAAUUUUGUAAAAUAAUAAAACUAGCAACUUUUAUGCAUUUCUCAA